AUGGCAUCUCAACUUUCUCAAUCCGGCAUCGAUAGCCAUACGAUCGGCCUGGCGCUUCUGCGCCUCGCCCCCCUCUCCGUCUCCUCGGCCUCUCUGAUGUUCUCAUGGGCGCAGGAUCUCUUCAUCUCAGGCUUUGUGAACCCCAAGCUAGCCAACCACCCUGACCACUUGUCGGGCAAGCUGCUUCCAUACUACAUGCCUGGCGUAUGGAUCACAGGGACCACAGCCAUCUUCAUUGCGUACCCUGGCACCAUGCUCCUUGCGCUUGCCAACAGUGUGGGCAGAGGCGCCGUGGAAAAUCAGCUGGCCCGCCGCCUGUACCUUGCCGGCAGUGUCAUGAGCAUCGCUCACUUCUACUACGGCCUGCGCAGCAAGUCUCUUAUGGCAGCCAUUGGAUCCCCUCAAGACCCAGGUGUGAAGAAUGAGAAUGUGGUACGCACAUGGCUCUCCAUGCACUUCCGAAGGUCUUUGCUUGUCAACCUUCCGGCUUGGCUGUGCCUCGUCAGCGCCACAGCUGUGGUCCUAAUUAAUGGUCUGGACUCAAAGCACUAG